AUGAACACGCCCACGGAGCAAGUGCUAGUCCGAGAUGGAGCCGCCGAAGGACUCGAAAACCCCGUCCCGACCGACGAUGAUACCGCCGGUCAUCAUCUUCCAGCGCGUCCAGAAAUCGCUCGGGACAACCAACUGAGAGAAGGACGUCACUACGUGGAGAGAACGAGACAGGCGCCCCCCGCAUCUCGUCGUCGACUCUCCGCGUCUCAUCGCCGCGCCUCACCCCUGCGGCCACCCGCGCAGAGCCCGUCUCGCUCGCGCAGCGUACGAGCAAGAGAGAUUGCUGCGUCAUCUCGCAUGCCCGUCGCGCCGUCGCGCCGUCCGCGCGGGACUAGAGGUAACAUCCCUGCAAUAGGGAGGACCACUUCGACCCCCGCGCAGCUGCACCCCCCCCCCCCCCCCCGUGAUAAGUACGAGGUAACUUCCGCGCAAUACCGUAAGGAGAGCCGCGCCGCCCCCCAACCGCCGCGCACCCCCGCAGAGACCCUCGCGCCGUACCAGGUAACGAGCGCACCUCAAACCCACCAGCCGACACCUACCAUUGGCAUGGCGGGUUCACAAGAAGAAAGCAGCGAGCUACGUACGCCAGCCGCUUGGCCUGCGCACCGCGACGCCCUCCCGUCACACGCGCGGACCGCCGCGAGCACAGGCGCAGUUCGCAUGCAACCAGAAUCACCGACCACCACUCCGCAACAGGUACCGUCGUACAUGUUACCGGAUAACCCCGGCAGUCUACGGUUCUCACCGAGGACACAAGUAGAGUCGGACCUAAUAUUCAUUGCUAGAGUCAAAGAGAUGGGCGGCUUAUCCGACGAAACAAUCGAGGACUUGCUCAGGCUCUUACAAGCUAGACGAAGACGGCUCGAAAACGAAGGAGCCCCAAUGCUCUCGGAAAACGAACUCAGCCAAGCUAGAGUCAUUGCUGCCACAAGACCUAUUCCGGAAUUCAGGCAAGGCGUCACUCCAUAG